AUGAUGACGGGCAAACGCAAAGCGACAGAGAUUGAUGAUUUCCAACCUCUCAUUAAGAUCGACGAUGAUGGUGAACACCUUUCAGCAGCCGACUUAGACUGCAACCAAGUUCGACAGGAGAUUCAGAAUUUUAUCAGCUCGGGUGAGAUGAAUGACACAAACUUCCAAAGAGCAACCGGUGUCAGAGGUAAAACUUAUCGUACGUUCAUGAACAAGAGUGGUUAUGACAAAGGAAGUGGUAGUAAUGUUUACUACAAUGCAGUCGCAUUCUUCAAGAAAAGAGUCCUAAAGAAGUCCAUGAAGCCAGUCUUACCGUCUCCUCCUUUACUACCACAUUCCAAGGAGAGACUCAGCAAGCCGGCAGGACCGUAUGAUGUCUCGGGCAUUGAACUCGAAGGAGAAGACACAGAAUCAGUUCUCAUCUACGACUCGUGCCACGAAAUCCGCAAGAAGAUCAAGACGUUUCUUCAAAACGUAUCAUCCAACAAAUCUGCAUUCUGUCGCGAACUCGCCAAAAUAUUUCCAGAUGGCAGAGAAGUUCUUACAAAAACUCUUAAUAAUUUUAUGAAACAGAAAGAUCCACAUGGCAAUAAGAGUCCUGAUUAUUAUGUCUUCUUCGAGAAAACUCUUAUUCUUGAUGGUAAACCGAAGAGUCAGGAUCGUGAAAACUCGGAAAAGGUUUAG